CGACGUGCUCUCGUUCGAACGCUCAUAGCCGUCGGGGGGCGGGCGAUGCUCAGUACGCUAACGGCCACAAUGUCAUCAUCACAGACCAACGCGAAACGGAAAGGCGACUUCUCUGAUAAUCCGCUGGGCGCAAAGAAGGCGAAGAAGGAUGCGGGGAAUAAACGGAAACUGUUGAAUGGAGAGGAGCAGCCUGGCGGGCUCAUCAUCGUCCGUGCACAACCACAAGCCGGACAGUCGAAUUCGCAGCCACCCCCUUCUCAAUCCCAGCCGCCGACAAAGAAACUACGCGCAGAUUCCCAGCAGCCUACUAACAAAGCUAAAUCAAAGGCCGCGAAACCCUCCAGCUCGAAGCCAACCCCUGCUACGCGUCCCGCGACACCACCCCCCGCGACCAAUCGCUCUCGCGACAUUCUUUCGUCGCCCGGGGAUCCUGUUACAAUGGCAUCUGAUAUUCGUGCGAUGGAUGAUGAGAACGCCCACCUACGCAAGAGCUCGAGGGCACUGCAGAAUAAAGGGAAGGGAAAAGGUAAGAGCGUUGACAGGACAGAACCACUGGCAGCUUUGGAGACAGACAGUCCGAUAAUCGAACGAAAUAAAGCAAUGCGCGGGGGUGCAAUGGCUGCCAUCAAACAAUAUCAGGGGAACGACGACGAUAUUAGCCGGACGCCCAGUCGACGCAGUUCCAUGGGCGGUCGUGGGAAGCGGGUUAGUGCGACUUUUGAGGCCACAGGGAUUAGCCAGCCGCAUCCAAGUGUCCAUGAGAAGAGCUUCUUUAAGCAUAUUGACGUGGAGUUGCCGGAUGCAGAGAGGAUGAGGGUGCUUCUCGUCUGGUGUUCUCUGAGAGCAGCAAGCAGAGAGGAAGGACUCAGUCCAGAAGCGGGACGAGUGAUGAAGACGGCGAAAGAAGAGAUGGUGAGGCUACUAGCGGAGAGGCAAGUUGAUGUCCGGACGUCAUCUUCUGGCCCUUCAGGAGGAAAUAGGAAUGGCUCAGUGGCAGUGGCACUGCGGGAGAAUGAGCAGAACAUGAGCAAUCGGCGGUUUGAGGUGACCUAUACUGAACAGAUCCGAAAGGCACAGGAAGAAGACGAAUCGUGGAAGAAGGCUAAGAGUUUCUACGAUGCAUUCAUCAGUACCAAGUCCAAAGGAAAGCAGAAGGAGGAGACUGGCUCCGACCAUCCUAGCUUUGCCCUUGCCCAACACAUACUUAACGGCACCGACAGGCCAGAAAUACAAGCACUCCUCCAGGACGUUGAAUUCAAGGUCGACAUGCUGAACACAUACCAGAACGCUGCUCGGGUGACUGCGUCUGUAGCUGAGCGUGCACUUGAUGAGCGCUUUAGCCACCUUUCCACCGGCCUCGCGCAGCGAUCCAACGCAAAUCCCCCAGGCCUGCUCGGCACUUUGACACGAGAACCACCGCCACAGGAAUUGUUGAGGGCACUGUGGACAGUAGAUCGGGAGCGUCCGCCUGCGAUGGUUGGUGACGCAGCAAGAAGAGCGGUCAGGGAGGUACAGAGGGUCGAGGAGAGAGGUGGUGGUGUUAGUGAGCGAAGGCUAACGGGUGUCCCGCCUCCUACGCCGCGAACGCCAAAGAGGGGGAGUACACCGGGGAGGACAUGAGUUUAUAUCUAAUCUGAUUCAUUUUUAUUGUUGCUUUUCGUACCUCAUUUUGUACUUUCGAUAUCGAUCUGUUAUGCUGGGUAGUGACGUCGUGAUGAGCAAA